CUCGCAACUCUCCUCUCUUCACUUCAUCUGCAGUCCAAUUCUUCGCUGGUACAAAUCCGCAGCUUAAGCCGGCAGUUGCUUGCAACCUAAUCACCACCAGCAACAUUCACUGACAAGAAGUGGUAGGGGAGAUGUUUGGGCAUCUGUGGAAUCGGUUUUGUGACCUAGCAAUGGUUUCAAGGCCUGUUGAGAAGGGUUUGAUGGACAAGGCAAUGGAAGUGGCAGAAAGAGUGAGGAUAAAGCAGGUUACAGAAGAAGGGCUUUUACAAGGUUGUUGUCCUGUGUGUUCAGGGGCUAUCCUGUCGGCGCCGGAAUCUGAUGUAAGGAUGUUGCUGGCUGCGCACUUCUGUGACUUGCACCCCGUAGAUGUCUACUCGAUGUGGGAUAAGAUGGCUGACAAAAAAGAACCAGAAGUUGUGCGCAGGCCUUCCUUUAUCUUCGCAGUUGGGAUGGCUGCUGGAGUUUUAGCCCUCACUGGAGUCUUUGUGCCAAUAAUAUAAUUCCCCCGCCAUGCAUGCAUGGUUUCCACUAGUGAAAGGUUUUAAUAUGUUUGGGCACACAUAGAUAGAUCAAAGAUCAGUACGUUUCUGGCUAGUAUCUUGAGUUACUGCUUUGUAAUAAUGAAAUCUUGAACUAGCAAACCAGUUGGGAUCACAUACCAACUCAUAUUUUUGCUAUUCAGGAUGCUAAUAAAUAUUGAUGACGUCAAGUAAGUAGGGAGUAAAAAGUA